AUGGAAUUUGUCUUAUUCAUCAGAGGACUGUUUGGUACAAGUACCUUCAACCAGCCAGCAACUUCCUCUACCAGCACUGGUUUUGGCUUUGGAGCAUCUACUGGCACUUCAACUAGCUUGUUUGGCAGUACCAGCACAGGAGGUGGACUGUUUUCACACAAUGCCUUCACACAAAACAAGCCUGGUGGCUUUGGGAGGAAGUUUGUUAGUAAAAUGCAACGUGAUUCAUUUGUUUCCUUUCUAAACAAGGAAUUGCGUUUUGAAGAUUAUCAGGCUGGUAGAAAAGGACCCCAAAAUCCAAUAGGAGCACCUGGAAGUUUAUUUGGUACCUCCACUGCCACGUCAAGUGCAUCUACAAGCUUGUUUGGAGCUGCAAACACCAACCCUGGCUUUUCAUUUGGAGCAAAUAAAGCUGGUUUUGGAACAACUUCCACUGCAUUUGGAACCAGCACAGGGGGCCUUUUUGGUCAGACAACUCAAGGUACCAGCUUAUUUAGCAAGCCUUUUGGACAGACCACAACAGCUCCAAACACUGGAUUUUCAUUUGGAAAUACUAGCACUCUAGGACAGCCCAACACAAGUAAUGUGAGCUUGUUUGGGACUGCACCAGCUUCGCAACCAGGAGGUCUUUUUGGAUCCACCACCACAAAUGCUGCAACUGGAUUUGGAACAGGCACAGGACUCUUCGGACAGCCAAACACAGCAUUUGGCAGUACUGGCACUCCGAGUCUGUUUGGGAACAAAACUGCUGGGUUUGGAACUACCACAACUAGUGCACCAUCGUUCGGCACUACUGGUGGCGGGCUCUUUGGCUUUGGAAGUGCAACAGCUGGUGCUAGCCUGUUUGGAAAUAAGGCAGCAACUGGGACCCUUGGUACUGGACUCAGCACUGGAUUUGGAACAGCUCUCAAUCCUGGGCAGACCUCAUUGUUUGGCAACAACCAGCCGAAACUUGGUACAACACUUGGACCAGCUUUUGGAACAACUGCAUUUAAUCCUUCAGGAACAAGCCUUAACUUUGGAGCUGCACCAGCCUCAGUGGCUCUGACUGAUCCUAAUGCUGCAGCUGUUCAACAAGCUGCUUUGCAGCAGCAGAUAAGCAGUUUGACAUAUGCUCCCUUUGGUGACUCUCCCCUGUUCAGAAACCCCAUGUCUGAUCCCAAGAAGAAAGAGGAGCGCCUGAAACCAACAAACCCUGCUGCUCAAAAGGCUCUAACUACACCAACUCAUUAUAAGUUGACUCCUCGUCCAGCCACACGGGUUCGACCUAAGGCUUUGCAAACAGUAGGAUCUACUAAGUCGCAGCUGUUUGAUGGUUUAGAUGAUGAUGAACCCUCUGUGUCCAAUGGCACUUUUAUGCCUAGGAAGAGUAUAAAGAAGCUGGUAUUAAAGAACCUGAACAGUAACAGUCUGUAUUCCCCUGGGAACAGAGAGUCUGAAGAGCUGACUUCUUCAGAAUACUUGGAAAAUGGAGAACGGACUAUUGAAAAUCACAGACAGGAGGAGGAUGAGAGGGAGGAUGAUGAUCAUGAGCUGAUGAAGUUUUAUACCAACCCUAUUACUAAGCCUAUCCCCCAGACUCCUGAUAGCCUGGCUGGCAAGCAGCAUCUGAAUCACAUGGAUGAUACCAUUGCUGCAUUAAACAUGCGCAACAGUGUCCGCAGUGGGUUGGAAGUUAGCAGUGAAGAAACUUCUUUCAAUGAGGAGUCUUUGCAGGAGGAGCGAGAAGAAGAGCUGGAGAUCCCUUGUCCAUCACACCCUGCUGGUAAUGGAGAUGAGUGUUAUGGAUCAGUUUACUUUGAAGGGAAAGUGAACUUGACUAAGCUUAAUUUAGAUGAGAUUGUUCAUAUUCGAAGAAAAGAGGUCAUCGUCUACCCAGAUGACGACCAGAAGCCUCCUACUGGAGAGGGAUUAAAUAGACGUGCACAAGUGACAUUAGAUGGAGUUUGGCCAACUGAUAAAACAAGUCGUGAAUUAAUAAAGAGUCCAGAACGUCUGUUGGAAAUGAAGUAUGAAGAAAGGCUAGAAUGUGCAUCACGGAAGCAAGGUGCUAGGUUUUUAGAGUACCGUCCUGAAACAGGGUCCUGGGUGUUUGAGGUUUCCCAUUUUUCAAAGUAUGGCCUGCAGGAUUCUGAUGAAGAGGAUGAAGAGCAGGUGUCCAAGAUGGAAGUGAAGAAGCAGAAAGUUGGUUCCUUGCAAACUCCCAUGCAGCAGCAAGCCCUGCAAACAGCUCUAAAUGGCCACAUGCCAUCCCCAGUUCAGGUACAGAGUCCUCCUGUUGAACAACUCGGGAGAGUGACGGAGCUGGAUAGUGAUAUGAUUGAUAUUACACAGGAGCCAAUUCCAGACGACAUGACAGGGGAUGAGAUUGCAGAGGAGCAUGAGCCCAUGUCUGCUUCAACACACAUUGCUUCAUCUCUCGGAAUAAAUCCUCAUGCCUUGCAGAUAAUGAAGGCAUCCCUGUUUAUGGAGGAGGAGGAAGAUGUGGGAAUGCUGCAUGGUGAGAGACCUGAGAGAUUAACGUCACAUAUAGAUGAUUUUCAAGAGUCUCAUUGUCUUUCCUCCGUGCAUAGAGGACGCCCAUCAGCUUUUGGCUUGCUGCAAUCGAAGUACAUGUCAGAAGUUUCCCCCUUCAGAUCCUACCCUCAAAAUUCCACUGGAAAGAAAAAGUCAUUGACCACUGAGUCUUCAUUUGUUUCUUGGUCUCUGCCUGCACCUCUGCCUGUUCCUGCCUCUGAGUUACAGUUGAAAACAAUUGGGGCACGAAGACAGCAGGGGCUAGUGCCCAUCAAGAAGUCAGUCACCGUAAAGAAAGGCAAGUUCUUAAUGGACAUGGCUCUGUUUAUGGGUCGUUCUUUCCGUGUGGGCUGGAGUCCUAGCUGUAUUCUCACUCACAGUGGAGAUAUUUUGAGGAAGUCAACAGAAAUAGUUCAGAAUCACUCUGCAGACACUGAUGGAUAUGGCUUCUUCACUGGAGUUAAACAGUUCUCUGAUUCAGCCUUUAACGUGUCCUUGGAGAAAGUAAGUUUUGGGGAGCAAAGAACAGAGCAAGAUAUUCAGCUUUUUCUGGUCCCUCUUGAAAUUGAAUUGAAAAACAGUUCUGUCAACACCGAGAAGUUAUGUCCUGUAAUCCAGACAAACCCAGGAGUAACUGCACUACAUGCAUAUGCCAGUUGGAUACGAGAGGUCUGCAAAUCACAAAAUGAAGUUGAGGAUGUAGUGAAGCACUGGAAACUCGUUUGGACUCUGUGUGAAGCUAUUUGGGGUCAUCUGAAAGAAUUAGAAGGUGGUCUUGUGGAGCCUUCUGAAUAUAUUCAACAGCUGGAGCGCAGGAAAGCAUUUUCUGCCUGGUUGUCACAGACUGCAGAAGACAAAAUUGAAAAGGAAGUGUUUGAGUCAAAACAAAACAACCAUAUUGAAGCAGUGUUCAGCUACUUAACAGGCCAACAGAUCAGUGAAGCCUGCAGCUUACUGCAGCAGUCAGACGAUCAUCGACUUGCUCUUCUCGUGUCACAGGCUGCAGGCAGUCAGACUGCUAGGGAGCUUCUAACAAUGCAGUUAGUAGACUGGCAUGGUUUGCAAGCAGACAGCUUUAUUCAAGAAGAAAGGCUCCGUAUAUUGGCACUACUUUCAGCAAAACCAGUAUGGCAGUCUUCUAAAAACUACAUUAACGUGUGUUCAAAACUGGACUGGAAACGCUGCUUGGCAGUUCAUUUGUGGUAUAUGCUUCCACCUACUGCUUCUAUUGCCAGUGCUCUUAAGAUGUAUGAAGAGGCUUUUCAGAAUAGUUCCCAUUCAAGUAGCUUUUGCUGCAUUGUCCUUCCAUCUUACAUGGAAGGUGGAUGCUCUAUCAUUCAGCUGGAAAACCCUAACACCCCAUUAAGACAAAUAUGUACAAAUUUGCCCAUUUUGUUUCUAUUUAGGCACUAUGAUCUACAGCAGCUCUUGGAUCCCAGCACCAUAACACCAGAUCCUUUGGAUUACCGUCUGAGCUGGCACUUAUGGAUGGUUCUACAAGCUUUGAAUUACAGUCACCUUUCUUUGCAGCGCCAAGGAUUGCUACACACUAGCUAUGCAUCACAACUUGAAAGUGUGGGACUUUGGGAAUGGUCAAUAUUUGUCUUACUACACAUCAGUGAUCCACAGAUGUAA